AGCACAUCCUGGGCUGACAUCACUUCUCUCCAUCUCUGAACACACUGACAACGGAGAAUCGCUGCAGAGACCGGCACAGCCAUGCUCUCCUCCUCAGCUCCUCUCUUCCUGAGCCUCCUGCUCUUCCUGUCCCACCAAUCUCCUGUCCUGUCCUGUCAGACUGGGACUAAGAGCCAGUGUGACUCGGCUCCCUUUGUACCGGGUCACAACCUGGGAGGGGAGGGCUUUGAUGUGGUCACCCUGCAGCGGAAAGGAGCCUACGUGGUUGAUGUGAGGACCUACCUGACCCCAGCUGGUACCUGCACUCUCUGCUCCAACCCGCUCCAAGGCAACGCGCUGCAGAAACUGCCAGUCUCUGCAGUGGACUGGCGUGCAACCACCCGCUGCACCAAUUAUCUCUCCAGCACUUACCACACCUCCGUCAGUUCACUGGUUAAAGAAUUCACCUCCCAGGACAGCUCCACCUGGACAUCUGGACUAAAUUAUAAGAAGUUCGGCAGCUUGGAAGCGGGAGGAGCACGUUCCUCUGCGUAUCGCUUUGCUUCAGCUGCCAGCAAAGAGGACCGCUACACCUUCAGCAUCCACAGCACCACCUGCUCCCAUUACCGUUACCGUGUGUCAAACACACCGGCCCUCAGUGCUGAGUUCAAGAAGGAUUUGGCAGGCCUGCCUUCCUACAACGUCUACACCUCGCUCCAGUACAGACGCUUCAUAAGCACCUACGGCACACAUUACAUCCGCCAGGCUCAUCUUGGUGGGCGACUCAGGCGAGUUUCAGCUACACGUACCUGCUUGUCCAGACUGAAUGGCCUCUCUUCAUACCAGGCACAUAACUGCUUAUCAGUGGGUGUCAAAAUAGGCCUGGGGAAGCUCAAAUACUCCAACAGUCACAAGUCCUGCAGUAGAAUCCUACGGAACUGGGACUACUCUACCUGGUCCAGCUCUGGACUUCACAAACAUUAUACAGAGGUAGUGGGAGGCAAAGGCUGGAAUGGAGAGUUUUCACUGAGCCACAGCAACCCCUCGGGCUACCAGAACUGGCUGAAGACCCUUAAGGAUCUACCCAGUGUUGUUAGGUAUGACCUAAGGCCGUUGCAUGAGCUGGUGCCCUCCGGGACACGAAGGACGGGGCUGAAGGCUGCCAUAGAGAAGUAUUUACUAGACAACGCCAUCAGAUCAACCAGACCACGGUUCUGUGGCCGUGUCCCCAACCUGGACGACAGCUGCUGUCCUAAACAGGCCCGGAGGGGAAGACUGGUGGUGACCAUUGUCCGAGCUUGGAAUCUGAAAGGAGACUGGCGUGGCAAGACUGAGGCGUAUGCUAAAAUGUUUUACGGUUCCAAUCACCGCCAGACCCGCAUGAUCAGAUCCAACGACCCACGCUGGAACGCACGUUAUGAUCUGGGCAAUGUGUACACCAGCUGGGGUCUGAAGAUUGAAGUCUGGGAUAAAGACUGGCGCAGAGAUGAUCGUCUGGGGUCAUGUACGAAGUACCUGAAACAGGGGACAAACAGAUUCACCUGCUAUGCUAAGAAAGGCCACGUUGAGGUCGUGUACACGCUGACCUGUGACAAUCACCUGACAGGAGACAGGUGUCACCAGUACAAACCGUCUGCAUACUGAGAAAUGCAUUCUGGGUGUUACAAUCUAUGCAGGUUUGUCUGUAAUCAGGUGUGAUAUCAGAUCUGUUGAUAAAAUGCUACGAGGUGAUCACACAGGGAGUCAGAGAGAUAAAUGUCACACUAAACUAUAUCAUACAUGGUGGCUCUGUUCAUUCCUGUUCGGACUUUGGUGGUGGGUCCACGUAUAGAUCAAACUGUACCUUUGGCAAAGAAGCUGUUGAUUAUUUUUUGAAUAUGUUUUCAAAGUCAAAAUCAUGAAAUCCUUGUCAUAAGAUGAUUAUGUUCGUAACAAAUUUGUGUUGGCAUUGUAGUGCCAAUAAAGAUUUUCAAAACAUGCAAAA